AUGGAGUCGAUCGCCGCUGGCGCCGCGGUAGGCCUGAUCGAAUGUGCUGUUUGCCAGCCGUUCGACAUGGUAAAGACCCGCCACCACCUGUCCAGCCAGGCCCGGUCCGUGGCCUCCUCGCUGCAAGCCAUCCACGCCGAGGGCGGCUUCCGUCGCUUCUACCGGGGCGUCGGCCCCGAGUUCGCCGGAAUGGUGCCAAAGAGCGCGGCCAUGUACUCCUCAUACGAUGGGGCGCGGCAGCUGCUGCUGGCACACACCUCGCUCGACGAGGUGGCCGCCUCCGUUGCCGCUGGCGCGGCAAGCGGCCCGUUCGAGGCGGCCGUGGUACAGCCCUUCCAGGUGGUCAAGGUGCGGAUGCAGACCAAAGAGUACGUUGGCCGGUAUGCCGGCUCGCUCGACUGCGCGGCGCGUGAGACUAGAGAUGCGGGAACACAGAUCUCAAGCCCGCAGACACCCCUCUUCUAG